AUUAGAAUUUUGAGCUUGUCGUAUAAAUAGCGACCAUAUCGCAGUCGUAAGAUAUAUUUGUUUUCGUGCCUGAUUUACAUACACCAUUACACAAUCAAUCCAAGACACAGAACCCGCACUUACAGGCAUUGCUUCGUUAACUCUAUCUUUCCUGCAACCCUCCAGCAAAAUGCACAGUUCAGGAAUCCUGACAUCUGUCCUUGCCGUCGUUCCUCUGGCUCUCUCGCACCCUCUCAACACUCGCGAUGCCCAGGACUUCACCAUCACGAGCCUAAGCGCCACCUUCCCCUACCCAUAUCCUCCUUAUGGCCUGGAUUCCGUCGACUCCUUCGUGAGCAUCGCGGUAAGCUACCCGGAUGUCUCGUCGACGAGCGGCGGUACCCUGAGCACGACAUGCAGAGUUGACUGGCCCGCCGGCACCAGCCCCGGGUCAACAAACUGGACCACAUGUGGGGACGGAGCGUUGCAGUUCCGUCUGCCGGCAGAUGGGUGGACCAGUACCACAAACUUCGGUGUUGAACUAUUUGAAACCGUGAGCGCUGAUGGAUCGGGUCUAGAUGCCUCGCAUAUCCUCACGUCAAACCCUGGUAACCCCAGCGAUCCGAACGCCUUCAUGUUUUGCCUGCAAAAGGGCAAGUUUAACCCCCUGACUUGCACCCUAACUGGUCCAUACGGUGUAUCGGCGAGGACAGUCGUUCUGACCGCCACCGAGGAAAGUGUGAGGCCGAACUAGACUGAUAGAUGGCGAACUCGAUUCUGGAAAAGGGCAAUGAUUAUGGGAUAUGUAUAGACUUAGGGUUGUUUAUAGAGUUGGAUAGACGGCCUACUGGAUUGUAUUUCGCAUCGAGAGCGCAAAGGAAUAACAGAUUGAU